AUGGGAGACCAUCCACACCCACUGCCAAAUAAUGGCCAGUCAUCCUCACAGUUGGAAGGCUAUCCAUUCACCUUUCAUUACUCGCCACCUAGUUCAAGUGGCGAGAGCUGCAUUGAACCUGAUCCCCAGGCCGAGAGCAUAAUGGACUCGUCCAUGUCUUUGACAGAAAGCAUUUACAAUUUCCCGCGUCUUUUUGGCCGUACCUAUCACGCGUAUAGAGAAGGAUCGUAUGCUUUCCCUAAUGACAAACAAGAGAUUGAGCGGCUGGCUUUACAAGAUGCGGUAUUCAUGAAAAUCAUGAACAACAGGCUCUAUUAUGCACCGCUAAAUAACCAUCCUCCUAAACGAGUCUUGGACAUUGCUACUGGUGUUGGAGAUUGGGCGAUUGCAAUGGGCGAUCGUUUCCCAAAUGCCAAAGUUGUGGCUACAGACUUAUCACCAAUCCAGCCGGAGACCGUGCCCGCAAAUGUCGAAUUCUAUGUGGAAGAUUCAUCCGAAUCGUGGGACUACAGCGAAACAUUCGACUACAUUCAUACCAAGACGACAGGUGCUUGUUGGGAGUCGUUUGAGACUCAGAUUGCCCAACAGGCCUUUGCCACGUUGACGCCCGGCGGAUGGCUCGAGUCUCAGGAACUGUACCCCGUCCCCCACUGUGAUGAUGACACUCUCAAGCCGGACAGUGCGCUGGAAUUGUGGUUCCGUGACUUUCUAAACGCUGCGGCUGAGGCUCGGCGGCCGCUGACGGAGGCAUGCAAUCUUCGAAGCAUAUAUGAGCGGGUGGGCUUCGUUGACGUUCACGAGCGUGUGUACAAGAUUCCACUGAAUGGCUGGGCUAAAGAUGCCAAGCUGAAAGAAGUUGGUAAUAUGAUGGAGCUGAAUAUGCAAAUGGGGCUGAGUGCCUUUUCGUUGGGCUUCUUUAACCGCAUAUACGGGCUGACUCCCGAACAGAUUGAGGCGAGUUAUCAUUGA